AUGUUUUUGAGCAUUGUUGCCGUUUGUUGUAAAAUUACUGUUGUUGUGGUACGUCGGAAGGCGAUAAUCAAUUUAGUGCAAAUAUUGUUGAAAGCACCAUAUAAACCUCAAGAUGAGGAUGAAAUAGCUAUACAAGCAAAAUUUGAUAAAUUUAUCAGAUCAUGCUCGAUAAAAUAUUCACUUUUAGCAACAAGUUCCGUUACAGGCACUACAAUAGGAUCAGUACUAAACGUGAUGCAAGGUCACCUGCCUUAUCGAAUAUGGCUACCAUAUAAUUACACUGUAUCUACGACGUUUUGGAUUAUAUCCAUUCAUCAGAUUGUAACUUUAAUUUUUGCCACCGUGAUAAAUGUGGGCACGGAAACUUUAGUCUUCGGACUGAUUUUACAAACGUGUGCUCAGUUUGAAAUACUCGAAAGUCGUCUACACAAAUUAAUAAUUAAUAAAACAAUUAAAUAUCUGGGACGUGAAAGUUCUUUGUUGAAUGAAAACGAAACAAAACUGUCGGAGUGCAUACAUCAUCACCUCAGCAUUUACAAAUACGCCAAAGCGGUAAAUGUCACAUUCAACCAAGUGCUUUUCGUUCAGUUUUUUAGUAGUAUACUGGUAUUAUGUACGAGUGUGUAUUAUUUGUCAAUGCAUAUUAAAGAACUGUCUGCAGCUGCAUCUUUAUUAGUAUAUACUAUCUGCAUGUUUGUACAAAUCUUCGUUUACUGUUGGUCCGGAAACGAAGUCAUGCUUAAAAGUACGAGCAUAGCAGACGCUAUAUAUCGUAUGAAUUGGCCAUUACUAUCAAUCAAUGAAAAAAAAGGAUUGUUAAUGAUCAUGAUACGUAGCACAAUUCCUGUAAAGUUCACUAGCAGCUUCUUGAUAACUUUGUCCAUUCAGUCUUAUAGCAAUAUUUUGAAAACUUCAUACUCAGCAUUUAACAUAUUACAGAAAUGAAGUAUAAAUAAA